GCAGUUUGUUCCGAAACUAUGCGAAUGUCGUACACGGCACAAUGAACAAUCGAAUUUGGUGGAUUAAAGUUUGGGUAAUAUUGACAACUUUAAACCAUAUUAUUCCAAUAACGGCAUGGCCUGAUUUUUUAAAGAGACAAAACACUGAGGGACUCAAAAGUAAGUAAUAUUAAACACGUUUUCGUAACAAAUUUAUAAUGUUUUAUUAAAAACUAAAACAAAAUAACGGACAUACACCGCACGAUGGGUGGGCCACUGUUAUAGGUGAGAAGUUUAGAAGGUAGGAUAUAGAGGGGAAUUAAAUGUAUAUGCAUAUACAAAGGUAAACCAUUGUUAACGAAAAACAAUUCUGAAUGGAGCUCGGUCAAUAGUAUUGCUUCUUCAACAAUAUACAUAUUAUUAUAACAGUGAAAAAUAAAUAUUUAUUGAAACAAUUCGUAUAGAGCAGUAAUCUGAUUUGUUCUAUAUCAUUUUUAUAAAAACAAUUUUCAUCAAAUUUGAUAUUAAAAAUUCUUAUUAAAAAUAAAAAUAUUAUAUUAAACUCAAUUUUUAGAUUCUGAGUGUAGCGAAUAAUGUAUUAGUUUCACUAAAUGUUUCAUCUUUCUUAUAAAUUGUUAUUAAUUAAAUCAUCUAUACAAGUAUUAUAGUGUAUAGAUAUAUUCGAUUGAAAACUGAAAAUAUUUAUACUGACAUAAUAUAUAAACAUUACAGAAAAAAAGAAAUACUCAAUUAUUUUAUAUAAAUUCUCUCCGAGCGAAAUUUAAGGAUUUUAAUAUUUUACGUAGGCACUGACAUAUCUCUCAAAAAUUAACAUAUCAAAAAAAUAGCGCUGACGUCGCACGGAUAAAGAUCUAUUUUUUGAAUUUGAUAAUAGGUCAAUUUACUAUGAUAAAAAAAAAAAAAAAACCAACAACGCAAUAUUGUCCCUGUUGAACUCAUACUUGCUAUGACGUACUGUUUGUAAAACCGAGGCAACACAUGUGGAUGUGGGUAUCACGUCCUCUUACAAUAAUAUUGUGAAGUCGCGGUGGCGUCAGGCAUCGUACACGCAGGACGUUUCGAUUAAACGUAAACGCGUUUUCGGUUGAUCCGCAGAAGGACGACAAUGAUCUUACACAGAAAACAGUGACGAUAGACGUAUUUUUUUUUUCCUCCGAGUUGUUCACGACGGAACGUGGUGUAGAACAAAAUAACCUUAAUACAUAUCAGUGGAGUUCUCAGGAAUUUCUAUUGGAGAGGGAGUGAAUGUACUAUUUGAGAAUACUGAAAAUAGCCAAUUCAGAAUUUUAUUUAUAUUUUUGUAGUUAUACGAUUCCCUUCCAUAUACAAUAUGUCUUUUUAUAUUUAUAGGCAUUAAGUUGUAAUUUUCUUGGACCUAAAUAUUCUAUGAAUUUUUUACCAGAGGCUUUUCUAGUAUACUUCAUUUUGACAUCAAACAUUUACCCUGUAUUCUCUUUUAACUAUAAAAUUUUUCAUAUCCAUAAGGGAUUCAAAGUUUUUGAUUAUAUAUAAAAUAAUUAUUUUUUUAUACACAGACUCAAAUGGUAGCACAUAAAAUAACUUAAAAUUGUUUUUAGUUGAACCUAUUUUUACUUAAGCAUUAUUCUAAUAAUUUUAUUUUGUAAAAGUUGUAGUGGUCUACAUGCAUUUUGAUUAAGUCUUCCCCAACCAAAACAAUAAACCCUAUUGGAAUAUUGCUUGAAGUAGUGAUAAGUAAACUAUGAGCAUAGUUUACAUUGGUAGAAACGACCGUAAUUUAUAAAAGCUAAAUGAUAAUAAACGCAUACGCAUCACAGUAUUUUGUACAUGUAAAUUUCAUUUCAUAUUAUUGUCAAAUGUUAAACCCAAGUAUCUUAUACUAGAGACACUAAAUAUUUGUUGACAUAUUGGCGCAUUACAAGAAUCCAAAUUAUUAUGAGUAUGAAAUUCUAAGUUAUCAAAACUUUUAUUAUCCUUAAAAAUCGAUAAAUGUAUAUAAUUUAUUUUAUUAAAAUUUAUUGAUAGUUUUCUGUGAUUUAAGUAAUUUAUUACUUUUUUAAAAUCUUGUAUAGUUUUUAAGCGAAUUGCAUCCCACGUGACACCUCAAAACAGCAAACACGUGUCGUCCACGAAUAUUAUUAUUUUGAUCAUCAAUUUGUAAAUACGCAUAUAGGAUUAACAUAUAAAAUAAACAGUAAUGGACCCAUUACAUUACUCUGUGAUACUCCACAAUUUAUUGUCAUUUACUCACCUUUGAUGUCAUUGAUUUUAACUAUUUGUUUUCUAUUUUUCAAGCAGCUUCUAAACCAAUUAAGACUAAUAUUUUUAAAAACCAAAAUUCGGUAAUAUGUUGACUAUUUCAUUGCGGUUUGCCGUCCCAAACUCCUUCGCAAAAUCAAGACUGUUUUACUAUUAUUAAGUGCGUUGUACACAAAUUUACUAGCAUUUUAAACGGCAUUUUCAGUAACUAAUCCUGGUUUAAAAUCAUACUGGUUUUUGGACAACGAUUUAUUAUUUUCUAAAAACUUUAAUAAUCUACUUUUCAUUAUGUUUUCUAAAAUGUUCGCAAAAUUGUUUAUCAUAGAAAUCGGCCUAUAGUUAUUUUUACUCGAAGUAUCUCCAGUUUUUAAAAAGGGUUAAAUUACUGCUAAUUUUAGCUUAUCUAGAAAUGUAACUUCUUUUAAACUUAGAUUAUAUAUAUAUUAGGGGUUUAAUUAUAUUUCCGGAUAUAGACUUUAAAACUUUUACUGAAACUCCAUCAUAUCCUGUAGUAGUAUCGUCUUUAAGAUUUGUUAUAAUUUUUAGAAUUUCAUGAUCAUUAAGUUUUUCUUUAAAAUGCAGAUCAUAUGAUUCCCUAGUAUUAUUUUCAUCAUAAUUUGAAUUUGAUUGUUUAAUUUUGUUUGCUAAAUUACUACCAAUAAUAGUAAAAAAAAUUAUUAAACGCGUUUAAUACUUUUAUUAGAUCUUUUAAUGAAAAUAUAUUUUCACUAUUAUGUCGUAUUAAUGCUAUUUUUUCUUCAUUUCUUUUUUUAUGAAUUGUGAUUUCUUUUAUCACUUUCUAAGUUAACUUUGAACUAUAAAUCUCAUUAAAGGUUUUUUUUAUAAAAAUUAAUUUUUACGAUUCUUAAAAGUUUGGUAAAAUCAUUUUUAUAUUUUAUAUUGUACAAACGUAAUUUUUCAUUAUUUGGAUGUUUUCUUAUUUCUAAAGAUAACGCAUUUUUACGGCGAGCCGAACAUAAAAAACCCGUUGACAUCCAUUCUUUUAAUUGUUUAUUCUUUGAAUUGGAUGUUUUUAUUGUUGUAGAUUUAUUUAUAGCAUCAAAAUCUGUAUCAAUGAUAUUUGUAAACCAUUUAUCGACAUUCAUACCAUAUAUACAUCGGUCCAGGUUUCUUUUAAUAAAAUAUCAUUUAAAUUAUUAUAAUUUAUCAUUUUAUAUACAAUAUUAUUAUGUAACAAUCUUUUAUCUAUUUCCAUUGCCAAUAGUAUUGAAUAAUGAUCAGAUAUAUUUGUUUGGAUGACUCCCGCCUCGGUUCUGAUUUUAUCAUAAUUAUUAUAUUUUACAAAUAUACGAUCAAUACACGAAUGUGCACAUAUUAUAGAAGUUCUUGUGUAAACGUUAAUAAAUGAACUAAAUCCAUAACCAGAUAACAUAUCAAUAUGUUCAUUAUUAAUUACUUUAGUUUCCACAAUAUUAGUGUUCGAGUCACCUAUUAUCAUAACAUACCCUUAACAUUACUUUUAACUUUUAGUAUAUUACCAAACGUAAUCGAAAAUUAAUUUAUAUCACCUAAAGAAGAUCUGUAUAAACAUAAAAUAUUAAAUUGAAUAUUGUUUACACUAAAUUUAAGUUUUAAAAUGUUAGCUACUGAAUGCUCAUACUCCCGCUUUUUCAAUAUUAAUGUUCUCUCUAAUAAAGACCAUUAUACGGUAAUUUUGAUUUCUUUUGAUUGUUGGCAAAUAUAAUUUAUAACUAGGGAUUCUAUUAUUACAAUUUUCUAUCGUAUGCCAUGUUUCAGUCAAUACAAUAAUAUCCAUUACAAAUUGAUUAUUUUCAACAUUUAAAUACAAAAUAAAUUCGUCAGAAUGAACAUUGAUACUGUUAAUAUUAUAAGAAAAGAUACAAAAAUACGUUUUACAACUAAACGUAUACCUAUCUAUAAAUUCUGAUAAGGAUUCAAAUAGUUAGUUUUAUAAUCCAAGUAACUAUUUAAUACAUUACAAUUGUUCACGAUGAAGGUAUUUUAAAUAAUAGACAAAAAGUAAUAAUUAAAAUUAAAUUAACAAAAGUUUGGAUAGAUCAUGUUUAUCUUGUAUUAUACAAGCUUUAGAGUUUUCGUUUUUUUUUUUUUAAUACGUACUUUUAAGUUCUUAAACCACACAAACCUAAAAUCGUUUUCCUUAGCGAACAUUCUUGUCUUAUAAAUAAGUCGCUAUUGUACGAUAACUCGUUUAUGAAUAUGCUUUUAUUUGCCUAUUUUUCACCUACCAUAAUUGCAUUCCGGUUUUUUUUUUUUUUUAACAGAUUCCAUUAAGUUUUGUUUGUUUUCAGUUGAUUGUAAUAUUUCAAUAAUUUUCCUCGGUCUAUUACUUAAUUUAGAAUGUGCACGAAAAGCAUUAACUACUGCUAGUUUAACUCCUAGUUUGGGUGCUAUAAGUUCAAUAACUUCUUUACAACUUUCAUCAGGUUUUUGCGGCACCCCGAUUAUUUCCACUUUGUUAAUAAUUAACUUUUGCUUCAAGACAUUAAUUAUUAAAUUUAAUUUUUUGGCGUCCUCAAAAAAUUUGAUAUUAUUUUAUUUUUAUUUUUUAUUUUCUUCUUUUAUUUCUUUAAUUGAACUUAAAAUCUUACUUAACUGUUUACCAAAAACAUCAUCCUGAUUACUUUUAAAUUUUAUGGAUUUAGUUAAGUAAAAUAACUUUUCGUUUGAGCCUAAAAAUGAAGCAUCGUCUUGCGCGAUACUUGUGUUACUAACCGUUGUCAUUGUUGUCCUACGAGUUCCGCAACACCACUUUUCUUUGUUUUACUUGUUCAUUUUUCGAAAAUUAGUUUCUCUCAUACUGGCACAAGAAAAAUGAAAAUAUUGUUUGUAUUUUAUGCAUCGUAAUUCAUCUCCUUCAUAAGUAUCAUCAUUGCACGUACAGCAUAUUAUCAAGUAGUAAAAUCAAACAAUUAAUUAAAUAUUAGAUAACAAAACAACUAAAGUAAUAAUUAUGGACAUGACCAUUAAUGUCGAACGAACGACAACAACUAAAAAUUGUAUUAUUGAUAAGAAAUUGAUAUGCAAAUGUACUUUCUCAAUGGAGGUCUAACAACGUUAACCAAUUAAGAUGGUUCUAUGUAUACAUUUUAUACACAUGUUCAUUAUUUUACCCGUUACUUUAACCAUUGAGUUUCUUAGUUUUUCUUAGUUUUUUCAGACAAAACAAUCAAAAUUAAAAAAUAACCGUAAAAUGUUAUCACGUAUUAAACGUAAUUUAAUAUAAGUAAUAUUAUUAUAAUAAAUUAAUCAAUAAUAUAUAAUACGUGUAUACUUUACUAGCCAUUGUAUAUCACGUGUAUUUUCAGAUCUUCAGAAGCUCCCACCGAUCACCAGAUCUGUCUCUUCCACAUUAAGACACCAAGAGAGAUACUUGAACACUUUCGAGUACGUAUAUAAAAAUGUAUAAGUACCAUCAUCAUAAUGUUUUAUACCAUUAAUUUUGUUUUCAUACACAUUAAAAAUCUACGGAAUUGUGAAAACCAAACACUCUUUUAUUUCGCAAUCAAGUAAUUGCAACCUAAAACAACUGUUUCACACAUGCCGCUAACAGUUAGUCACCCGAUUUUGACAUGUAUAUCAUUGGGAAAAUAAUGGUUUUUCAUAUUUUUUACAUCAACAUCAAAAAUGCUAAGCCCCUAAAUUACAAAUUGAACAAUUGCAUGUCAUCGAACUAUUUUGGUGUUAAAAUCGGGUUAUUGACUACUAGCGAUCAUAGUUCGCACAAAUGUCACUUCAACAGCGAUAACAUUCUAUGCCUAUAAAAAUAACCGUGAUUAUAGGUAACGGUCAUAUCACAUAAUGUCGAUGCACGAUCUAUAAUCGGAGGAUAUUCUUAAGUAACACACAAAGGAUUAAUCGUUUUAGACUUUUAGUAUUAAAUUUGUAUCUAAAACACCGGUAAAUCAAUAAAAAAACAGAAUAGGUUUAGGUUAUCGUUCAAAAAUUCUUCAGUUUUAAUUGCAGCUUUUAUGGAACGGUUUGCAGUUUUACUGGUAUCGCUCUGGCAUAUGGUUAAAAUAAAUUCUGAAAACUAUUUUUAACCGGUUUUACUAUACCGGUUUCCAUUCUUGGAAAAAGUAUAAGAAAAAUUAAAUUAUAGGAAAAUUAUAAUAACCGUAAACCAAAGUAAAUUUUAUAAGGUCUGGAUCGUAAAGAAAAAGACCCUGAGAGUAGAAAUUACCAAAACUUACCAGAGAUUUUAAUUUCGUCGGACGGAAUUCAUUGUGAAUAUCACAUUGUGUGGAUGUGUGUGAAGACCUACUUCAUUACACAACUUCCAAAAUAUUUGUAACUUAAUUUUAGAUUCUGAAUGUAACAAGAAUGUAUUGGUUUUACAAAGAAGUUAAUUUUGUUUUUUAUUAAUAUUAUAAUAUUGUAUAUUAUUGCAUAUUUUAUUAUGCGAACAUAAAAUAUAAUUAUAAUAAAUCGUCUUUUUUUAGGUUUUCCCUAUUAGUAUAAAAACCGUUUAAAAAAUCGAAUGUCAUUUUUUCCAUUAAAGCCAAAUUUUUAAUUAGAAGACAUAAAUAAAAAAAAAUAUAAAAUCACGAAAUUGUUAUACCGUAAAUAUUUGUUCGUUUAUCCCUUUGUUUUUUUUGCAUUUUUCCCAAUUAUUAUGAAAACCACUUGGAUAAUCAAAAAAUAAAAACCUGACCCUAAACUAAAUCCCAACGUGUUAAAAUUUCCUUAAUGAUACACGCCUUGAUACAUCGGAUCUAGAUUUCUAACAAAAAUUGUGUAGAUAGUAUAUAAAAAAAAAAAAAAACAUUAUUUUAAAACCAAUACAUUCCUCGAUUCGCUCAGAAUCUAAAAAUGAAACCUCCACCCCCCCCCCACCGAGAUCAGUAAUGGUCGGGAAAUACGCAAUUGAAUUGAUUCAACAAAAUUGACGAAUUUUUCAACAGACGGAUAUACAACGACAUCGAGAAUAAUUACGUUUCGAUUAACGUAAUGCCAAAUUUCGUUUUUUUUACGAAAAGACGAGUGAUGAUCCAGUGGCGAGUGUUAAUUUCGAAACCUGGCGAUUGGAUCGGCGUAUACAAUAAGGACCCGACGAGAAGAUUGAAAUCUAAACCAUGUUACUGGUAUUAUGUAACUGGUAAAGUCGGCUAUGUGGAAACCGUAAUAUUUAUCAGUUUGGUUGGUCUAGUAGGAUUAUGCGAACCUCAUUAUUUCUUGAAGAGUAGUGUAUGUUUUGAAUCGAUGUAUGUAGCUUAUCACCAAGAUAAUACAAGUUAGUAUCGAAAACAUUUUUAUUAUUAUAAUAGUCAUAAAUUGAGGUUAUUAUUUUUUUCCCACAAUUUUUUAAUUCUUCUGAUGUCUACACCUGGAGGUACCCCCUUAACUAUUAUCAGUAGCCGAAGGGUUACCCUUUUCCCGAAUCAAAGUUGAUCUGAUGACAGUCAACCACUGACUAUAGACACUAUUUUGAGAAUUUUGUGAAAGUAUUUUUUUGGUGUCUGAUAUCCUAUAUUCCCGUUUAAAGUUUAAAAUGUAAAAUCUGCUCCGCAAACGGAAUUCUUGGCGGUAACGUAGCUAGAUAUUUUUUUCUAAGUAAACCCUAUAUAGGGAUGGAAAAAAUCCUGAUAAACCUUUUUAAUUUAGGAAUGUUGUUAAUUUUAUUAUUUCUUCAACCUUAACGUUCUAACUUUAUGUAUUUUUACUUUGAAGAAUCAUUUUAAAAGAUCAGAUCCCCGACUAAAUAACAAGGUAUGAUGACAUUACAACGUAUUUAGGUUGUGAACUGGGUAUGUACUUAUAUUAUGAUUAAAAAACAUUACUACAUUAAAAAAAAUGCUAGAAAGAAACCUAGCUGACAGUGAUUUUCUCAGCUGGCUGUGAUUUUUAACACCAGAUUUCAGUAUUAGGUAUAUACAACUGUUAAAAUCACCACCAGUGAUGAUCAUUACACCCACGUAUCACACAAUUAAAAAGGAUUAUAUAAUUCGGUAACAAAUUCAUUCAGUAGAUAAGGCAGAAAUGGUUCAAAAUAAUGACAAAAUGAUUCAUUAUCUAAAAUUUGAAAAACAUGAAUUAAUUUCAAAACUUAUCGCGCUUAAAAUAUCACAAAAAAAAUUUUUUUUUCAGAUUGUUCAGCUUAUUGUUACAUAGUAAUCAUAAUUGAUUUGUUUCGUUUUUUUUAAUACUUAUUUUUGGAAAAAGUGGAUUGGCCCAUAUCUACCUGCUGGCUAUGCCACUAAUAUUUAAUCUGUCACAUGAAGUUUAAAACUAUCAUAACUCUUCGCCUAAACUGAUUAAAUUCUCUUUAAAGUUCCCGAAAAAAUUUCUUAUCCUGUUUUAAGCAGAAUAGGUAACUGCUCAAUUUCAGUUUUUUUUUUUUUUUUUUAUUUAAAGGUUUGUGUUUUAGGAGUGUAAUUAAGAUUAUGCCUUAAAAUCUUUAAAAUGUAAAUUAAAGAUUAGGAUUCUUUUCAUAAGAAAUUUGAAUACCAAAUUUUGACAAAAAUUGUAAAUAUUACGGCCUUUCAAACUAUGUAUAUAGCCAGCUCUGUAAUAUGAUACAUUUAAUUAAUAUCUAAAUACAGAUACUUAAAAAAGUAUCUAGAUACAAAUAUAGAUAUACAUUUUAUUUGAAAAUCUCUAAAUACAGAUACAAGAUACAAAAAAAUAUCUAGAUACUGUAUCUUGGAUAAACGUGUCUAGAUAUAUUACAGCACUGUAUAUAACCGUACCCCAUUUAAAAUCAUUUUUCGUUAGCAAUAAUUAAUCGUUGCGUACAGAUAUACAUAAAAUUCCUCUUUUCAACCCCUCCCAACUUUUCACCUAAAACAGUGGCCCACCUAUCGUAUCAAUUCUAUGUCCAUCAUUUUUAACUAACCAUCACAUGAUUUAUUUCGUCUUUGUUUAUUCCAUUUGGAGAUAUCCGAGUAUGCUUGUAUAUAUUUUUACGGGGGAAAUAAUUACUACUGAUCACUAACUCUUCUUCUAAAACUGCAAUGUUAAUUUAUCGUAUUCUGUUAUAGUUACUAAUUUCAUGAAGACCAUCUUUACCUAUAAUUGUCCUACACAUAGUCUCCUGGUCAAUUUUAGUAUUAAAAUCGCCCAAAAAAAUAUUAAUACUAUAUCUAGGUAGUAUCAUAAACUUUUUCCAGUUCCUCAUUAAUUUUUCUUUCCGGUUGAGCAAUAACAAGAUAUUACUGCAAUAUUGAACUAUGGGUAAUUUAUUUAAUAUUUUUUUCAAAUUAUAUAAUUUAACGUAAAAUAACAGACAAAGUACAGUGCAAUAGUUUAGUUAUUGGGGAAAAUCCGACAAAAAUAAAACAUACAUUAUUAAAUUUUUGAUUUAUUUUGUGCAAUAAAAUCAUUUUUCGUUUAUUUAUAUCAAACUUAUUAAGAACUUACUAAUCAUAUUACAUUUUAUGUAUACAUUUAAUAUAAUAAAACAAAUUAAUAUUAUGGCUUUACGUUAUAUGAUUUUAUCUAGUAAUAGCAACAAAUUGUCUUAAAACGAACCCUACAUGGAUGAAUGAAUUGCCCGCAGAAAUCAAAUCUAUGGAAUUAAGCAAAUUAUUUAUACCGGGCACACAUGAUUCUGGAGCCUAUGAUACCUUUAGUGACCCAAUUAUUUUGAAUACUUUGUACUUAAAGUACGUCUAUACUCAAGUAAGUAAAAUUUUCCGUUUAUCAUGAUUUAGCGACUAUCUACAAAAAUUUUACGAAGGCCCGUUCUCACCAACCUAAACGUUGAUUUUUAAAUUGUGUUUAUAAGAUAAUCAACUAAUCGUGGUCGGCUAUCAGCCAUAAACUCAGUAUAAGAAUCAGAUAAAUACCUUAUUUUACGUUUGUGAGAAUGGCCUAAGUAACUUUAAGUAAAAUUAAUUUUUGGUUUUUCAGUAAUUAUAGAAUCUAGAAUUUACAAUAUUUUUACAUUUUUUCCCUUAUUCUCGUUACAAGGUAACGAGGAGGAGGCAAUUUUGAAAAUGGAUAUAAAGUACGCAUUUAUGACAAGCUCAAUGAUAAAUCAAUGUGUAUAAUGCGGUUUAGAGUAUAUUAGAGAAUGAAACAUCCCUUUGAACGUCCCCCUGGACGUUUCACUACCCUUUUUCCGUACACCAUGAACAUAAACUACAAAUAUCAACUUAUGAUUUUCAAAUAAACACCACAUUUCCCAAAAGUCAAUAAUUUUUUUUAACUGAUUAGCGUAACAAUACAUAAUAUUAGAUACGAAAUUUUAAAUCAGAGAAGAUAUAAAUUAAAUAUCCACGGUUCUGGUUCAAUAACAGUUUAUUUUUUUAUAAACAUUUCCAGUAUUGGACGCAAUUCAUUUUUGGUUUCACAUGCUGACUUUUAUUGAUUUCGAAACACUGAUUUUUAACAUUAAUGAGUUAACUAAACGAUCACUGAAUCGUUCAGUGGUUAAUUCAUAAUCUGUACUCUAGGUCUAAAUUAGAUCGUUCAAUAUUUGUUUAAAUUUAUAAAAAAAAAAAAUCAUUUUAAAAAUUCUUUAACUUAUAAGCGGUAUGUCCGAUAUCAGUGUUAUACAAUACGCAUAGGUUUCAAAAUUUAUAAGAAAAUAUUUUAUUUUUCAAUUUGUGUUGAAAAAAGAGUCUUGUUAUUAUCAAAAUUUAAUAUGUAUUUACAGUGUAAAGAAUAAAGAUAAAAUUUUUGAAAUAUUUUGUAAUAUCACUGGAAAAACGAAAACCAAUUUCAAUCAAAAUCUAUAAAGAAUUAGUGGUAUAUGAUAACCUAUCUUUAUAAAAAAUUUUUUUAGGACUACUCCAUUUUGGGUCAACUGUGUUAUGGAGCUCGAUAUUUGGAUUUAAGAGUAGGAUAUUAUAAUUAUAGUGAUCAUACAUAUGUCCGAAGUGUAUGGUGGAUUUAUCAUGGGAUAAUUCGUAUAAGACCAUUACGGUAUAUACUACAAGAUAUAAAAGUGUUUAUUGAACAAACUAAAGAAGUCGUCAUUAUUGAAUUUCACAAAUUCGAAAAGGGUAAAUAUAAAAAAAAAAAAACUGUUUAAUUAGAUUUAUUAUUAAUAUAUUCCAAAUAAUCAUACUUAUAGGAUUUAACAUGUUGAAAAAGCAUAAUCAAUUUUAUAAAUUUUGUAAAUCUAUUCUGGGAGAACAUAACAUUGCUGACAAUACGGGAUGGAAAAAAUCGCUAAAAGAUUUACAGGAUGAAGGGCGUAGAAUAAUAAUAAUUUAUAAUUAUUUACCAACGCCAGAAAUUGAACCUCCUGUAUUAAAACCUAUUCAUCGAUAUUGGCCAAACGCUCCAAAUUUACGGUGCUUUAAAAAAUACGGAGAAUAUUAUCUCAAAAGGUAUGUUAUACCAAAAAACAAUAACUAAACUUAAUUUAUAUUACUUAAAUAGGUAGGUUAAGUUUAAAAUCACCGGCUGAUAUAAAAAUGUUAACACCACAAUAACUAAAUUUCUAUUUGUUUCAUAAAUAAAUUUUAAAUUAAACUAUUGAUCGUGUAUUAGACAGCUCAUAAUGUUAGCAAUCGACAUAAUAUGCAAAUUUCACUAGCAUGGUAACAAAAAACUCGAUUAAUACACUCUAUUUAUCAUAAUUCUUGAUAAAAUAUGUAUGCUUUAAAUAUCCCAACAAAAUUAUUAAAAUAAUGUCAUUCAAUUGAUCCUGUAGUAUACGUUUAUUGUAUGUAAGUAUUAGUCGGUUCACUUCUAUACUUGUGUUUUAAAAUUACAAACAUUUUAUUAUUAUUAACAAUGUCCAAAAUGGGUUAAAGUGGCUACUUAUUUAUUGAUUAUACUCGCAAUACUAAUAUUUAUAUGAUAGAAUAGGGAAUUGUUAAAUUCACGUACUCACAUUCCCCUCCCCCCCCCCGCCACUUUUUAAAUUAUUCAUUUUUUUUAACCUAAUCGUUUGUAUUCCGUUAGUUUUAGAUAUUAAAACAAGAAUCAUCGUUAAUUUGCGUCAUGUUUUUUUUUUUCUUUUAAUCAUUAAAUUCAGUGGAGGAGGAAGCUAUGAUAAUUUUAAAGUAAAUUGAGCUAUUAUCAAACAUAAAGAUAAAAACAUUUUUAUGUAACUACGUGUUUUUUUUUAAUGUUUUGAAUUUUUCAACUAGUUAAAAUCAUUUUCAAAUAGUGACAUUUUACAUAAUCAUCUUCUUUUCCUCCUUUGUCUUCAUCCCAACUAUUUGGGGUCGUGGCCCUUCAUCCAAAAAUCCAACUUGAUCCGAUUUCCCAUUUCACAUUUAUCAGUCGUCUUCAUUCUCAAUCGUAUUUAAUCAAGGCUUGAUUAGCCAAUAGUCUGGAUAAGUUACAGCCUAAAGCCAUCAAUCAGUCAUAAAAUAUGUAUAUUUUUUUGUAGGCAUAGCCAGACCAUUUUUAAGGGUACGCAAGAAUUUAUAGGGAAUUCAGUUAAAAAAAAUUAGUUAUUGAGCAACAAAAAAAAAAAAAUCAUCGCCAAAUCAACCCAAGCCUACUAUGGGCAAACCCAUCAAUCGGGCUUUGCGUCCAACCAGCUUUUUUUAGUCUUGUUCAUUCCCUUAUUAUUCCUACGUUUAUUUCCAUUACAAUUCUUACUGUUUCAUAUUCUUCUCUCCUCAUGAUAUGCCUAUUGUCCAAACCAACUCAGUUAAUUUUCUCUCAUUUUGUCUUCUAUUGAAGCCACGCCUUAGUUACAUCUUAUGUAAUAUUCAUUCCUUAUCCUAUCUUUCUUCAUCACUCUACGUCUCUACUCAUCUUACCUUUAAGUCACAUUGGAAAUUUCUUGUCACAUAUAACACCUAACGCUUUUCUCUACUUUAUCCAACCAUAUUUAAUCCUAUAUUUCAUAUCCUCAUCAAAGAUUCUAGGUACUUAAAACUCUCAACCUCACCUAUUAUAUCAUCACUUUUGUAGUCUUGUUCUUUUCCUCCCAACUCAUACUCUGUACACUCUGGUUUACCUCUAUUUAUCCUUUGUUUCUUUCUUUCAAGUACUUAUCUCUAUUUUUCAGGUUAUUAUAACUUCUUCCAUAAUUGAUAUUACCUGUAGAAAUCGGUAUUAACAAACACCGCAUAUCUCAUCGAAUUAAUGCAUUAACUUUUGUGUGCUUUCUUGUAAAUGGAAAAUAUUUUAAUGUUAUGGAUAAAAAUACAAUAAUAAUUAUUUUUAAAUAAUUCUGUCAAAGGUUAUUUAAAUUAAAAAAUAUCCAACGCCACGACCACAGCGCAAAACUAUGUAAAAGAAAAAAAAAAGCUCGGGCGUCGACCUUAGUAUAUAACACGAGACGACCAACUCCUAUUUAACCAAUGUAAUUUUAUGACCUCUGUAACCUAAACUAAAGAACUGAUUUACAAAUGUACACGGGUUGAUCAGUAUGUUAAGUAGAUGAUACUUUUGUAAAUUUCAAGUUGAUCGAAUGAUCACGGCCUGAGUAAUAUACAAAAGUAUUAGCAUAGUUUUUACUCCAAACGCUAUUUUUUUCAACAAUUCAACAAUGUAUAAUAUGUUUUAUGCGUUGUUACCAUCUGUUUGCGACGGUAGCCGUUUGCGGUGAAUAAAAAAACAAUUUUGUUUAUUUAUUUUAUCACUGUAUUACUAUAGUAUCAUUUUCACACUCAUAAUAGGUAUUAAUAUAUUCAUUUACUCAAUCCAUUAUUAUAGAGAUUAUACACGUAGUUGAAGGAAGGUUUUUGUUGGCAUUUAGUUUACCAAAAAGUAUUUAAAUACAAUUAUUUGAAUACUACAUAAGACUACCUAUUGUAAACCAAAAUAAAUAGCUGAACACUAUUAUAAAAUAUCACAAAUCACAAUACUGUAGAUCAAACAUCAAAACUUGUAUAUUCGAUUUGCGUAAGAAUAUCCACAAUGUUUAAUUCACAUAAGUUAGAUGUCAUAUCAACCAGUUUUUAUUAGGGGAAUCAAUUCCCUCUCAUCAAAUGUUGUCCAAUUUGCGUAAAAUCUUUGGCUAUAUUUUACAAAUUAUUGGCGUGUAUCCUUUAAUUAAUUUACCGAAUUAGAACCCGUUGAUUUGAUCGUGAGUUUUUUUUUAAAUGAUGAGCCAACUUCACGCAGUCUGGUUCAAUAUAUAAUUGCAAAGUAUUUAAAAAGGUUAGGUAACAAUUAAAUGAUGUAGGUGGUGGGUAUAACUUCACAAGUGUAUUUAGCUUGUCACAAAAUAAUUAUCAAACUUAAUUUAUUGUAUUACACCUAUAUUAUACAAAAAUAAAUAUUUUAUUCAGACAUUAUAUUAUUGUAUCCAUUUAUAAAUAACGAAAUAAAAACUCUUUUUAAUGUUAUUUGGUCAGUGUUCAAAAUCACAAUGAUUCAAAACACCCAACAUUAUUUAUGGCUGAGUUUACUCCUAGAGUGGUGGGCGUUAUUUCAAGUCUCAGUUCUGGUGUAAGACACAACAGUAAAACAGUAAAUCCUACAGUGAACAAUUGGAUUAUGAUGCCCGAAUGGGGAGAAAAAAUCAAUUUUAUUGCCGUCGAUUUUUUGCUAAGCACCAACAUAGUCGAUGCAGCUAUUUUUUGGAAUCACAAAAAGAGUGAUUCGUCGGAGGAAGUAGAGUUUGUAACACAUUUUGCAGAUGAUGAAAUGGAUGAACCAGAACUUGAAAUACCGGAACCAAUGCAAAAAAUCUUAGGUAUAAGUUCAAAGGAAAAAAAUGAGAACUUGAAGGAAACAACAAUUGAGUGGAAUGAAAAUGACUAUCAAAAUAAAAUAAACGAACUGAUAAGAAAAGAGGAUGAUUUAGCAAAGGAAAAGGAAACUUACCAAAUGACUGUUUUAAAUUUGAUGACUACAAAAACAAAAACAGAACCAAAUACUGCAGAACUUAUGACUAAAGAAACGAAUACUACAGAAGAGGAGAUUAUAAACUCGGCGAUUACAGAACCAAAGACUGCAGAACCUAUGACUGAAGAAACGAAUACUAUAGACUCGAAUACUAUACAAAGGAAGAUUAUAAACUCGGCGAUUACAGAACCAAAGACUGCUGAACCUAUGACUAAAGAAACGAAUACUAUAGACUCGAAGACUACAAAAAGGGAGAUUAUAAACUUGGCGAUUACAGAACCAAAGACUGCAGAAUGGAUGACUACAUAAACGAAUAUUUAAGAACCAUUGAUUUUGUCUACUAUUAUAUUUAAUAUAAUAGAUUAAAAAUUUAUUUAAAUACUGACUUACUACAUGUACAAUUAAAACUAUAAUAUGAUAAAAAUACAGAGCUUAUGAAAAAUUAUAUAUUAUACAUUUUCUUUAAAGUCC